AACCCCCCUCCCAACCCCCCAGGUAUAAGGACUACAGAGAGCCUCCAUGGUCAGCUGAAGCCUACCAGUUCUCUAAAACCUACUGGGCCGUCCUUGCUGCCAGACUGGCCUUCGUCAUCCUGUUCCAGAACCUGGUGAUGUUCCUGAGCCUGCUGGUUGCCUGGGUGAUCCCAGACGUACCGAAGAACAUCAGUGAGCAGCUGAAGAGAGAGAAGACUCUGCUGGUGGACGUGUUCCUCCGGGAGGAGAAGGAGAAGUUCCACCUCCUCCAGAGCCUCUUCUCCUCCAAGGACCAGCCCAGCCAGGGUCACCCCGACACGGCCCACUUCCGUACUCUACCCCUAGGCCUCUCUCAGGGCCUAGGCCAGCCCCCGGGCGGAGAGGGAGGGGAAUCCCGGGUGAGAUGCAGGGCUGCCAGUUUCAGCCAGUUCACCAGACAGAUGUCCAUGUCUCCUAGCAACGACGCAGCCCGACACACAGCGGUCUGACACGCUACUGUAGUGGUUGGAUACAAACAUUCUUUAUCCCCACAGGAGAGGUUCAGACACUAGUGUGGUAGCUACAUGGAGUCUGAAUGCUGUGAUCUCUCACCCAUGUAGACUUGGUGUUCUCUUUCUGAAGCAGUGUGAUGAUGGAACAUACUGAUCAUGGACUUGUUCUUCUGGCCGGAUAAUCUACAUAUUCUUGACCAUUGUAUGUUAAUCUGCAUGAUGAGAAGUGACUGUAUAGUUCCCUUAAGGAAAAACACCUUCAGCCUGACGGUCUUCUCUGAGAGAGCUUCCCAUGUCUGGAACACACAUGGAGCUGCUGUUUACGGUACCUUCACCAAUAACCUAAAGACAUGGCUAACGGACAGUCAGGUGUGUCAACACCAUCCCCCAGCUGUGUAGACCUGCUUUCCAUGCUGUCUGCUAUACAGUCUUGGCUCUUUUUCUGUCAUGCUGUUUGGUUUCUAUUUGUGUUGUUGCUUUCUGUCUGUCUGUGUUACUGAUCAUAUGUUGCUCUGUCUGUCUGUCUGUCUGUGUUAAGUGUUACUGGUCAUAUGUUGCUCUGUCUGUCUGUCUGUCUGUCUCUGUCUGUCUGUCUGUGUUAAGUGUUACUGGUCAUAUGUUGCUCUGUCUGUCUGUCUGUCUGUGUUACUGGUCAUAUGUUGCUCUGUCUGUCUGUCUGUCUGUGUUAAGUGUUACUGGUCAUAUGUUGCUCUGUCUGUCUGUGUCUGUCUGUCUGUGUCUCUGUGUGUUACUGGUCAUAUGUUGGUCUGUCUGUCUGUCUGUGUCUCUGUCUGUCUGUGUGUUACAGGUCAUAUGUUGCUCUAUCUGUGUUACUGGUCAUAUGUUGCUCUGUCUGUCUGUCUCUCUCUGUCUAUCUGCGUGUUACUGGUUAUGUUGCUCUGUCUGUCUGUGUCUCUGUCUGUAUGUGUGUUACUGGUCAUAUGUUGGUCUGUCUGUGUUACUGGUCAUAUGUUGCUCUGUCUGUCUGUCUCUGUCUGUCUGUUACUGGUUAUAUGUUGCUCUGUCUGUGUUACUGGUUAUAUGUUGCUCUGUCUGUGUUACUGGUUAUGUUGCUCUGUCUGUGUUACUGGUCAUAUGUUGCUCUGUCUGUGUUACUGGUCAUAUGUUGCUCUGUCUGUGUUACUGGUUAUAUGUUGCUCUGUCUGUCUGCGUGUUACUGGUCAUAUGUUGCUCUGUCUGUCUGCGUGUUACUGGUCAUAUGUUGCUCUGUCUGUGUUACUGGUUAUGUUGCUCUGUCUGUGUUACUGGUUAUAUGUUGUUCUGUCUGUGCUUAUUGUCUGUCUAUAUUGUUAUUGGAUUUGUUUUUAAUAACCUUCCCAGGGACUCGGGUCGAAAAUUAGCUGGGUAAUGUACAUGUUGAGGUUCAGAAUAUAUAACUGGGUAAUGUACAUGUUGAGGUCCAGAGUAUAUAAUUGGGUAAUGUACAUGUUGAGGUUCAGAGUGUAUAACUGGGUAAUGUACAUGUUGAGGUCCAGAGUGUAUAACUUGGUAAUGUACAUGUUGAGGUCCAGCAUGUAUAACUGGGUAAUGUAUAGAAUAUCAAGGUCCAGAGUGUAUAACUGGGUAAUGUACAUGUUGAGGUCCAGAGUGUAUAACUGGGUAAUGUACAUGUUGAGGUGUUAGCAUCUUUCACAUUUCACAGGUGUUAGCAUCUUUCACAUUUCACAAGAGGGGACAUUUGGUCCAUAUUCUUGCCUGUAACUUGGAAAGAGAGGGUGGAGCUCUUCGUUCUUCGUCUCUUCUCUUAAAGCCCAUGCAGUUGUUGAAAGUGUAUUUUUAAAUCAUCAUCAUUGUACUGCUAAUAAAUCACUGUUUAUUUCAUGAAAA